AUGGCUCAAAAAACACCAAUCCUCCGUUUCCAGAUUAUCGGGCAGGAACAAACAAUACCUCUGCACCAUUCCAUCCUCUGGCCUAACAUGACCCUAGAGCAUGUUUUGUCUACGGAGGAUGAUAAAGGAUUAUAUCCUGGCAUAUUCUGCCCUCUGCUAGACGAUCCCAUCGCGGUGACAUUACUUUUCAUCGAAUCAUUUCCCAUCGAUAACAAUGAUCACGCUUCGUCAAGUAGCAAGAAUGGUCAACGAAUGGUACGUUUCCGUAAUCUCGUGUGCGAUACAAAAUCUCAGCGAAGGGGUGUCGGAACGCGACUCCUUGCGUUUGCCCUAUCGAUGGCUAGAUCCGAAUUGAACGCCACAAUAGUGUGGUGGGACGCCAGAACGUCAAGCCAAGAUUGGUACAAAAGACGGGGACCUAAAGCGUUUGGAACCGGGUUCUUCAAAGACUCCGCGGAAUACAUGAGCAUGAGAAUAAUCGUUUGGGAAUUGAAGGGCCAACAAUACUCGGAAAGUGUCGAACAUGAGGCUUCAUAA